AUGUCGGGUCGCGUGGUGGUUGCACGCCGUGGUGUGCAGAGGGAUUGCUGUUCAGCUUGCUUCACCUUCGAGGAACUAGAGUCUGCGAUGGAUACUCUUCACACACCGGAAAAUGUAUACAUGGAACUUGACAGUGCUGGCCAGUUGACUUGCCGCGGUGGUUGCGCACGAGCGGCCGUACGGGCUACACUUGCUGCUUCUUUACCAGCUGCACAACUGCUACUUGAAGUAGUCAAUGGGAACCUAAGACUUCGAGUUGUGAACGAGGCACCACCACAUGCCGAGUUGACGCUCUGGUUUGACGAAACGACGUUGGCGAUACUGGACAUGCCAUUCCUAACACUGCGGAAUAUUACAGGUAAUAAGAAGAGUUACUCCUGCCACGAGUGCGGCGCUGUAUUCGACAAUCCAAACCCGGUAAAAGUGCAUUUAUUCCUCAAAUGCGGAGAGUACAACGCUGUAUUAUUUUGGAGAAAACUAUUGAAACUCCUGCGCAAGAGUUCAGCAACGUGGGACCGCGUCUCUCCAGGUGUGGAUAUAAAGACUUGGGCUUUACCUCCAGGUCCAGCCGAGUUGGAGACGAUAGCGGCCGCGUGGGGUCGCGCCCGCGAAGGACAUAUCUGCGUGUAUUGCGGUAAAAUGUAUUCGCGUAAAUAUGGACUGAAAAUUCAUAUACGAACGCACACAGGGUAUAAACCGUUGCGUUGUCGGCAUUGCGCCCGCGCAUUUGCCGAUCCGAGUAAUCUUAACAAGCAUGUGCGUUUGCACGCGGCAUCAUCCAGGACACGUACACGCGUAUACAACCCUAGCUAG